AUGAUUGAACACUGGAACAUGGUUACCAAGGGAGAUUGUAGAGGCUCCAUCCUUGGAGAUACCACGCAUCUAACAAAAUUAGAAAUGGAAAAGCUGGUUGCUUGUGUACAAAAAAAGCCAGAUGCUCUUUGUAGACUGAUUUGCUUUCCAUGGGCUGGAAGCGGAACUUCACAACUUGCUCAGUGGGGUAGACUCUUCAAUGACUCAGUUGAAGUGUUCUGUAUAAGGCUUCCUGGAAGAGAAACUCGUCUUGAAGAGCCUUUUGCAAAAGACAUGACAAGUGUAGUUAAUGAAAUUACAAGUGUUUUGUUAAAAGAAUUGAAAGAAAAACCAUUUGCAUUUUUUGGCCACAGUUUUGGAACUUACAUGAGUUUUGCCGUUGCACUUCAUCUGAAACAAAAGUAUGGACUGGAGCCAGUCCAUCUUUUCAUGUCAGCAGCACAUGCCCCAAAUUCUGCAGCAUAUCUUGCUGUCCAAAGCAUAGACCUACCUGAUGGACACAGUGAUCUUCUUGCAAUUAUGGAGAUUCUAGGAGGAAAUUUUGAGCUUCCACUUGAUAAAGACCUUUGGAGAGAUACAGCGCUUGUUUUCAAAGAAGACGCCAGACUUUUUAAGACAUGUUCAUUUGAGAAGACAGAAGUGAAUAUCCCCUUCUCCUGUGAUAUUACCUACUUUUGUGGGUCUGAUGAUAAAAUAUAUGAUGCAAAAGGUUGGCAAGAACUAACGAGUGGAGAUACUUCCUUUUAUGAGCUUCCUGGAGAUCACCUUUAUCUGCUGAAACCCUCUAAUGAAAGCUUCUUGAUAAAACACAUGACAAGAAGCAUAGAAAAUGGUCUAUGAGUAUUUCUCUCAAUUUUAAUAGCAGAAUGUGUAAGGUUAGU